AUGAACACAGAGCGCAUCCGGCAGUGCCUCACUGGAGAGAAAAAGUCGCUGGUCGCCUAUGCAGUUGGAUUCUCGUUUUACGCUGAGAUAUACCUUGGUUUCGAGGAGGCCUGGCGCGAAAUCGAUGCUUCCGGCUCCUCGGACAGUGAAAGCUCACAGGACACCAACGCCGCCGCGUAUCGAGAUAAGGUAUGGCAGCUGUCCGAGCUGGUUCGCAUGGACGGCCUGAACCGCACGAAGCGGCUCCAGGAAGAUCUCGCAUGUCUUCGCUUGCUGGAUCCUGCCAUCGCCCAUCUCACCGACAGGGAACUUGGCAAUACCCGCAUCAGAGAAGACAUCCGGAGUCGGAUCCAGGAAAAGCCGCACCGGCUGCUGGCGUACGCGUGGGUCUUAUACCAGGCGUUGUUCAACGGGGGACGCUUUAUACGUCGGCAGCUUGUCAAGGCCGGCCCCGAGUUCUGGGGGUUACCGGGGGAGGAUGAUGAGUAUCUUGCCUCUUUCCCGCCCCCGUUGUCGUUUUGGCACGUCCCCGAUGACCCGAGUUAUCCGCAGGAAUUCAGAUGCCGGGUCAAGGAAGCCGAAGGGUUGUUGACGACUGCCGAAACGGACGACGUCAUUGAGGAAUCGGUCGGAAUUAUCUGUCGGUGCAAGGCGUUGACCGAAGAAUUGGACAAGCGAGCAGCUGGGUUUCCAUGA